UUUCUCCAACGGGAAACUCUACUGAAUGAAAAUACCCUCUUUCCCCUUCCACAGGCUAUAAAGUGGGGGUGAUUCGGUGGCGGAUAUACUGCAAAAAACACACUUUUUUGACUUCCAAGAAACACAAACUGAACGGGAAGAAGAGUACUUUCUGGCUUGCAGCUGGGCGGGCUCUUUAACGCACCAAUCACAGAGUAGCUGUUCUCUAUAAAUACCAGGCAUCUGACCUGCUCUAGCCCAAUUGUUUUCUUCUGAUUCGUAGGGAACGUCUGCUAGAAUGUCGGAAACGGCGCCUGUUGCCACUCCUGCUGUGUCCGCUCCUGGGGCAAAAACCUCUGCUAAAAAGCCGAAGAAGGCGGCAGGAGGCUCAAAAGCCCGCAAGGCUUCGGGUCCCAGCGUGACCGAGCUGAUCACUAAGGCGGUGUCUGCUUCCAAGGAGCGCAAAGGGCUCUCCUUGGCCGCUCUUAAGAAGGCUCUGGCCGCCGGAGGGUACGAUGUGGAAAAGAACAACAGCCGCAUCAAGUUAGGACUGAAGAGCUUGGUGAGCAAGGGCACCUUGGUACAGACCAAAGGUACUGGUGCUUCUGGUUCCUUCAAACUCAACAAGAAGCCUGGCGAGAUCAAGGAAAAGGUACCUAAGAAAAAGCCAGCGGCAAAGCCUAAGAAACCAGUUGCUAAGAAGCCCGCCAGCGCCGCCAAGAAACCCAAAAAAGCUGCGGCCGUGAAAAAGAGCCCGAAGAAAGCCAAGAAACCAGCGGCUUCCGCGGCUAAGAAAGCGGCCAAGAGCCCGAAAAAGGCCAAGCCCGCCAAGCCCAAAAAGGCAGCUAAGAGCCCAGCUAAGGCCAAGGCGGUGAAGCCCAAGGCUGCCAAGCCCAAGCCAACCAAACCUAAAGCAGGAAAGGCUAAGAAGGCAGCGCCCAAAAAGAAGUAAAGCGGCUUGAAAAGGAAAAUAGAGUCUAACUCGUGCAAACAAACCCAACGGCUCUUUUAAGAGCCACCCACCUUUUCCAAAAGGAGCUGAAACAUUCGUGCAUUCACCGUAACAGCAAAAACAAAUCCUUUCCCCUUUGUGACGAAAUGGUGAAAGAUUACAAAGUAACUUUUUAAAAGUUAUUUUGUCGUUUUGGUGGGGGAAGCUAAGAGGAAAUAUUUUGCGGAUAUUAAGUAUCGGGGGUAGCUGUGUUAGUCUGUAUCUACAAA